UCCUGGCAUACCCAGCAGUUGUAGACACUUCUUUGGACUCCUGAAGCAGAAUGGCCAAAGAACUCUCCAGCAUCGCAGUGAUGUCCUUGAAUCAGUAAUUCUAGUAAAUCCCAAUGAAGACAGUAUUUUUAAUGAGGUACGUUCAUUAAUUACAGAUCCAGCUGCCCAUAAGCUCCUUAUUCUUAGUGGACAGUGCUCAGAUCCAGAAGGAGAUUUGAUCCUACAGUCUGGUACCUUUACCUUCCGUAGAUUUGAAGAGGCAUUCACUGACCCAGAGGUGUGUCAGCUAUUCAGCAACACAGAUCCAGAAAUAAAGGCAACACUUACCGUGUCCUGUCCUGAAGAGGGAGAUUGGUGCAACCUUGGACAUUCCCUAUUUAAAGACAUAAUUGAUCUGAAGCUCAAUCCUGAUCCUUUCCUGUCUGAAAUGGAUGGGGUCGCUGAGUUUGCAGAUUAUGUCUCAGAGACUGUGGAUGUCCCUUCCCCUUUUGAUCUUUUGGAACCACCAAACUCGGGUGGUUUUUUGAAGCUGUCCAAACCAUGUUGUUAUAUUUUCCCAGGUGGCAGAGGAGAUUCUGCCCUUUUUGCUGUUAAUGGAUUUAAUAUUCUGGUGGAUGGUGGCUCUGAACGGAAAUCUUGUUUUUGGAAACUGGUCCGACAUUUGGAUAGAAUUGAUUCCAUACUGUUGACACAUAUUGGAGCUGAUAACCUGCCUGGAAUAAAUGGACUUCUCCAAAGGAAGAUUGCUGAACAAGAUGAAGAGCAAUCACAGGGCUCUACUACUUAUAGUGACUGGAUGAAGAACCUAAUUUCUCCAGAACUGGGAGUUGUGUUUUUUAAUGUUCCUGAUAAACUCAAAAUGCCUGAAUCAGGUAUGAAGGUUAAAAAGAGCAUUGAAGAAGCAUGUCUGACCUUACAGUACCUAAAUAAACUUGGAAUUAAAUCUGAACCCUUGUAUAGGGUUGUUAGCAACACAAUUGAACCCAUAACGUUGUUCCACAAAAUGGGAGUUGGAAGACUAGAUAUGUACAUACUAAAUCCUGUGAAGGAUAGUAAGGAGAUGCAAUUUUUAAUGCAAAAAUGGGCUGGAAACAGCAAAGCAAAGACUGGAAUUAUAUUAGCAAAUGGGAAAGAAGGAGAAAUUUCUGUCCCUUAUCUUACAUCCAUCACUGCACUUGUGGUUUGGCUCCCAGCAAGCCCAACUGAAAAAAUUGUGCGUGUUUUAUUUCCUGGAAAUGCUCCACAAAAUAAGAUUCUAGAAGGCCUUGAAAAGCUUAAACAUUUAGAUUUCCUAAGAUAUCCUGUAGCUACUCAAAAAGACAUUUCUUCUGGUAUUGCACCUACUGUUGCUAAGCACACAAAAAUCAAACAAAGGGCAGAUAGCAAAGAAAGUCUUAAAUCAUCUCCUAAGCCAAGCACAGCAAAAUCAGGCAGAAAGGAUGACAUUUCAGAGGAACUGGCAAAGGAAGUAAAGUCUGAACUAUUAAAAGAGACAAAGAUUGAAAGAAAAGUAAAGGAGUUGGCUGAAAAGAAUCAUGAGAAACCUUCAAAAGUUGAAAAGCAAAAAACUGAAACAAUUGAUUCUGCAAAAGCAGAAAAAAGAAGGCUUCUGAAUCAAAAAAUAGGCAAAAAAUUCACAAAAGAUAAGACUAAACUUGAAGAAAAAAAAGACAAAGAAAAAAAGGAAAUCAGGAAAGAAAAAAUAGAUAUUAAGAAGGAUAAUUUAAAAAAAGAAGAAAAGAAAGAUUUAAAAAAAGAGGAAAAAAAGAAAGAAGUGAAACCUGAAGUUAAAAAAGCACCAAAACCUGAUUUAAGACCAUUUACCCCUGAAGUAAGGAAAACUUUGCACAAAGCUAAGGUUCCCAGCAAAAUAAGAACAGAAAAGAUAAAAGGCAAACCUGAAAAGGAGGAACGACUAGAACAAAAGUUAACCACAAUACAGAAGAAGACUUUAGAGAAACAGCCACAAAUGGCAGAUAUAGUAGAACAAAGGUCUGUUAUGUCUUCACCUGAAGAUCUCACAAAAGAUUUUGAGUUGCUAAAAUAUGAAGAUAAUAAAGAAAUUGAGGAACAAACAAUCCUGGAAACUGUUGCUAUUGAACAUCGACCAUCUGAUGUGUUGCUAAUACAAAGUCAAUUUAAAGAAGAUAUUGUAUUAGAUGAAAUAACAUCAGAGAAGAAGACUCCACUUGAGUCUCCUGAUGAAGGUAUAACUACCACAGAUGUAGAGGGAGAUUCACCUCAUGAAGAGAUACUAGUCUAUCAACCAGAUGAAACACCAGAAUUGAUUGAUGAAGGAGCAGCAAUGGAGGAACCUGCAGAAAUUGCAGAUUUUGAAGAAGAGACAGGUAUUGAAGAAGUGACUGAUACAAGUCCCAUUGAGGUAGAAAAAAGAGUACCGGGUAGAAACAGAUUUGAGUCCAUGCCAACCCUGGACAUACAGGAUUUGGAAACUGAUGAAGAUAAGGAAAAUGAACUAGAUGAAAAGGGAAUACUGGAUAGAAAGCAGAAAGAAGACAUAACAGUACAAGAAGUGCUGGAAUAUGAAAAAGAAGUUGAAAAGAGUGUUGAAGUUGUAGAAAAGGCAGAUGUAGAAGAAAUGGAAGAAUAUGCAGAAGAAACAAUUGAUAAAAUUAAGUUUAAAGAAGAUGAAGAUGCAGAAAACUUAAAUGAACAGAAAGAAAACAUGUCAUGUGAUAUUACAAUGUCAUUGUUACAGAAAGAGACAGAUGCGGAAAUAGGAGUUCAUGAAAAAUAUGUUUCCAAUGAGCCUCCAUAUGUGCCAGAUGUUCCAGCAUCUUCUGGAGCUACAGCAGAGCAUAUCUCCUAUAUACAGGAUGAAACUAUGCCUGGAUAUUCAGAGACAGAACAGACUAUUUCUGAUGAGGAAAUACAUGAUGAACCAGAAGAAAGAAUCCCUCACCUACAGUAUGAUGUUGGUAGUUAUGAUAUUUCUGUGCCCGACCAUCCUGGAUCAUUUGAUGCUAUUCAUGGUAUCAAGGCCAUAUCUUCAUCUGACAUAACUGGAAAAGAUUAUGCCCUGCAAGAACCUGAAAUUGUGGCCUAUCCUACAAAUAUUGUUGCUGCACCCUUGGCAGAGGAGGAACAUGUCUCUUCAGCAACAUCAAUAACUGAAUGUGAUAAACUUUCCUCUUUUGCCACAUCUGUUGCUGAAGAUCAGUCUGUUGCAUCUAUUACAGCUCCAAAAACAGAGGAGACAGGAAAGAGCUCAUUACUUUUAGACACUGCAAAUAGUAUUCCCUCUUCUCAUACAGAAGCAACUCAAGGUGUUGAGUACUUGCCUUCUGCUGGUACAAUUUCUCCAACAUCUUCUUUGGAAGAGGAUAAAUGUUUUAAGUCUCCACCUUCAGAAGAUUUUCAGGCAAUGAUAAGUUCAGGAAAAAUUCAGCUUAAUGAGAAUUUCCAAGCAGAAAGAGAAGAUGAAACUCCAAACUUUCAAGCACCUGACAAUAGACAUUAUAGUCCACUUCUAUUUUCUGAGCAUGGUGAAAAUGGUAUUUCAUACACAGGAAGCACAGCCAUGACAGAUGAUCCUGAAUUUCAUUCAGAUGAAGCAGUAAAAUUGUCUCAGGUUGAUACAAGUUUUGCUGAGGGUGAAGAAAGAUGUUUAAGUCCCGAUGAUAGUACUGUAAAAAUGGCUUCUCCCACCCAAUCAGGUCCUACAAGCACUGGUCACACACCAUUUCACCAGUCUCCAAUAGAAGAUAAAUCUGAAACAUCACAGGCAGAGCUAUUUGAAGCAGCUGGCAUACUAGUAAAUGAUAAAGAAUUAAAAAGUGCUAAACACUCUGAGUAUGAAUAUGAAAUCUGCUAUGAAGACAAAGAAUUUCCAGAAGAGAUCAUUUCUCCAAAGAAAGAGCCUGGACAUGCAAAUUAUACUGCUGAAAUUGAAGCCACACUUAUAAUAAAAGGUCAUGAAAACAAAGAAUUUCCAAGAGAGAUAAUUUCUCCAAAGGAAGAGCUUGGACAUGUAGAUUAUACUUCUGAAGUAGAAGACAAGCUUAUAAUAAAAGGUCACGAAAAAAAAGAAUUUCCAAGAGAGAUAAUGUCUCCAAAGGAAGAGCCUGGACAUGUAGAUUAUACUUCUGAAGUAGAAGACAAGCUUAUAUUAAAAGGUGUAGAAUUUACAGGGGAUACAAAAGGCAAACCAUUUUUAGUUCAAUCACUACUGGCCACAAAAGAAACAGAUUCAGUUACAGAAGAUAAACUAAUUGAGCAAAGCACUGAACUUAUUUCUGAAAAUAUCACAUUUAAUAUUUUAAAGGAUACAAACUUUUCACAAGAUUCUGGAUCAUAUAUGCAAGUUAAAGAAUCAUUUUCACCUAAGGAAGUUUCUCAUGAAGAAUUCUCUUCUGUGUAUAUGAAAGAACAGAGUGAACUUGAGAUAGAUCAAAGACAAUCAAUUUCUCCAAAAGAGUUAUCCAUAGACAAUUUUAAAUAUAGUGGUUUUUCAGAACACAGUCCAGUAAAAGAAGAAACAGCAAGUGACAUUUUCCUUGCAGAUGCAAAGUCACUUUCUUUAACAGAGCAAGGAAAAGAAGAUGACACAUCUUUACAAAUGUCUUUGAUAGAACAAAGUCCAAUUAUAAAUGAAAUGAAUCAAGUUAGCCCCACAAAGCAAAUGCACAUGUGCUUGGAAAGUGAGAAGUCCCUUUAUUUGACAGAUCAGAAUCAAACAAAAGAAGGGAAAUUUUAUUCUGAGGAAAUGUCACCAGGAUAUGAGGAAUCUUUGAGGUCUAUGGAGGAAAGUUUUACUGAAGAUCAAAAACAUGUGGAAACAUUUGAUAUGCAAUUUCAUGAUCCUGUUCAAACUGCUCUUCCCAUGGAUUCUUGUUACCAUAAUAAAAAUCCACCAAACAUCUUUUUGGAAGAUGUGUCAGAGGAGGAUACUCAUUCAUUUGAUUCUAAAGAACAAAUUCCACAGAAAGAAAAGUCAUUAGAAAUAACUUCUUCAAGCCCAGAAGACUCAGGAUCUCUUUCGUUUGCUGAACACAGUCCCUUUAAAGGCACUGAAUCAGAAAAAAAUGCAGAAGAAGCCUCCAUAUCAUUUUCAAAGACUAGUCCUUUGGAUGAAAAGUAUCAUGAUUAUCAUUAUGAAGACUCCUAUAUUGACUAUAUGAAAUCAUUUGAUACUACUACUAAUGUUUUAGGAAAUGAAAAAUCAUCAGAAAUGUUACCAGAAAAUGAAAAAAAUGAGGAUAAAUCUAAUGAAUUUGAAAAUAUUUCUAUGAAACAGUUAACGUAUGAUAAAAAAGUAUGGUUUACAGAAGAGAAAGAAGAAUCCUUACCAAUUCAAAAGGAAAGCAAACUUCGAUAUACAGAAGAAGGUGAAAGCACUUUCCUUGAUGACUUGGAGGGACAAUCUACUUUAUUAAAGUCAGAUGAUUCAGAUUUGUCAGCCCAAGACACUUCACAAAAAACAGUAUUAGGAAAAGAAUAUGCACAUUUCCAAGAGGAAAAACAAGCAGAACAUGUGCAAGAGAAAACAAGCCUUAACGAUACCAUUCACAGUGUUGCUCUCAAGGAAUCAUCUGAAGAUAGUAACACACAGUUAGAAACACCUUAUUCUUUAAGUCAAGUAUACCAGCCUGAAAAGUUGUCUUAUGUAACUACAUCUUCUUUGAUUUCCUGUGAAUCCCCAGAGGGACUGAAUGUUUCCUCAUUUACUGAAAGGGACUUUAUAGACUCUGAAAAUCUAAAUGCAUCUUUUGGAGCCAAAGACUUUGAAGAAUCAUGUAUUGCAGAAAAACAACUAGAGGAUGAAAAUAGUGGAAACUAUUAUGUGAAGGCUACUUAUGAAUUGUCGGCCUCAUCCCAAGAAAGUUCUGCUUUAGAAAAGGAACCUGAUAUUGAUUUAGGACAAAUAAAAUGUGAUCACACUUUACAAAUUGAGAAAGCUAUAACAGAGAAGGUAGAGGGAGUGAUGGCUGAAACUUCUCCAAAGGAACUAUCUGAAGCUUUGUAUACUCAUGAGAAAGAGAUAAAACAGGAAUAUGAAGCAUAUUCACAAUCUACAGAGCACACAGAACAUGAAUAUGUUGAAACAACUUGUGAAAGACAGUAUUCCUUACUCAAAGACAGUGUUGACUUUAGUUUUAAGAGUCAACAAGAUGAAGUAAAAGAAGAUCCGUACUUAAAAUAUGAUCGAAAAACAUCUCCAAGUACCUUGGAUUGCCAUACCAACCUGACUUCUUCAUCUAACCUAUUUGACCUUUAUUCCAAAGAAGAUGAAAUGUAUGGGUCCACAAGAAAAGGUAAAGUUGAAGAAAGGGAGCCAACACCAUAUCCUGAUGAAAAAACAUUCCAAUAUGCUGAUAUAUAUGAAAAAAGAAUUAUUUCUGGAGUUGGACAUGCUGGACACAUUAUAGAGGAGGUAGAACCAAAUAGUGAUGUUUAUUUAGAGAAGGACAUUACAGAUUUCCCAUCAAUAGAGUUAGACACUACCAAAGUUGCUGAAGCAGCAGAUCAUAUUGAAAAAGAAUUGCAGCAUCAAAUUUCUUCCAAAGAAGAGGAGUCACAUUUGUAUACCUCAGCUGAAAAAGAAUUAUCUUCUCCUAAAUCUCCAAAAGACAAAGCACACAGAACAACCUUUGAAUACUCAGAAACACAUGAUCAUUUUGCUGUCGGCACAAUAAACAAGGAAGAAACUGGCACUUUACAUUUCAAAGAAAUGCAGCAAGUAGCAGACCAAAUGACCUCUGAAACAGCACAAUUUGAAGAAAAAGGAGUAUUUACAUCAUUAUCAGGGAGUAAAGAUCAGUCACCAAGGAUGGAUAUACUUGAGCAUGAUUACAAGGAAAGCUCAUUAUCUUACCUUCAUGCAUCACACCAGGAUGACAAUAUUACAUCUUCUAGUGAGGAGAUUAGAACAGAACUAUCAAAACAUUAUCAAACAAAGGAUACAUAUUAUGAGAAAACAUAUGUAUUGGAAGAAAGUGCAAGUGAUUCUGAAUUAGAAAAAGGAGCAAAGGAGAAAUCUGAAAAAGAAACAAAAUGUCCAUGUCCAUUUAGUGAAAAAGAAAAUUUAUAUGAAAGUCAAUCAAUUAAUACUAUUUCUAAAAGUCAGAAAACCGAAUUAUCUGAAUUUAGUUUCCUUUCUGAAGAACAAGAUUUAGACUAUAAGCAUUUUAAUGUUCAGGACCAAAUAAAGUCUGAAGAAUUAGGUUCAGUUAAAUCUGUAGAACAUUCCACUUUUGGUAGUCAAGAAUAUGCCUUACAAGAUCCUGAAGAAUAUAGGGACGGAGGUGAUAUAGAGUAUACAUACUGUCCUUUCAAGUCAACAGUUGAUUCAACAAAGGAUGAGCAUGGAUUACAGUCCCAUACAGAUUAUCAAGAAUCACAAACUGGAGAAGCUUAUAAAAUAGAUUUUCUAGAAACUAGCAUUACAGGUAAUUUAGAUAAGCCAAAAAUAUCUGCUGAACCUUCUCCAGAUACAUUUUCUGAAACUGAUAAAGAAUCUGACAAUUUAGCAGCAGCAUCUUUGUAUCAGCUUCAUUCCGAAUCAUUGUCAAGUGUCAAAAUAUCAGACUCUAAAAUGAUGAAUAUAUCACAUUCAGGUCCCCCCAUUCCAAUUCAACAAGAUGAAUACUUAGAAGUUUCUGAAAAGGCAUAUGGCUUAGAUUCAUCACUAAGCAAAUUUUCACCAUUAAGUCCAUCUGAGGAAGAUCCACUUUUUUGUAAAAUUCCAAUUAAGCAAUAUUUUCAACCAGAAUACCACAUAGAGGAAUCUCAAAGCAUAUCAGAAUCUUCAUCUGAAGCUAGCACACCGGUUAAAAAGGACACUAUGGACAGCUCUUAUGCACAUAUGAUUACAAGUUACCAAGCUGAUGCAGAAACAACUGCCAGAAAUUUGUGGGAUGUAUCACCUCUUGUUCCUGCUGAUGCAACAAAAUCUAAUUUGCCAGAUGAGAAAGAUUUGGUUGAGGAGCAAGAUUCUACAUGUUCGUAUGAUAUGGACGAUUGUACUUUACCAUGUAAGAUUGACUGCAAAAAAACAUACUGCACAUCAAAGUCUGAAAUAAGUGCCCAUGCAGGGGAAACAGAAAGUGUAGUGACAAUUGCAUCAUUUUCUGAUGUUCUCACAUUAUCGCCACCCCAUUAUAAAGAAGAAACAACCGCAUCAAAUGGUCCAACAGAAGUUAACAUCAGUCCAGAGAUGCCUCAGAACAUUCAGUUUGAAGAAAAUGAGUUUUUUUCUGCAGCAGUUGGAAGGGAUGAAAAAUCAUCUCCAGAUUCAGACAGAGAAUCUUCUCCAUUCUCUGAGGAAGAUACUGAAAAGCCAAACAGACCAUCUUCUUUAAUGUCCCCUGAACACACAUUCCAGCCAUAUUUUCCUGAUACACAAAGAGGUGGUAGAAGUGAAGAUCACGGAGAUGCUUCUCAUGAUAUUGAGCCAUGCUCUGGAACAUCAAGUGAGUAUGAGCACAAUGAAGCUUCAUCAGAAUUUUUACAAAGAAAAGGUGAACUUUCUCCAUCUUUUAUAAAUCCAAGUCCUCUAGACUUAUCAGAUGAUAGUGAUGUGUCACAAGACGAAUGUCAGCCUUCAGUUAAAGGUAGGGCUCACCAUACAACUACAUGUCAUGUUCAAGGUGCCAAAGUUGAAGAAACACCUCCAACAUCAGUCAGUGAUUCAGGAUCAUCUCAGUCUGACUCUGAUGUUCCACCAGAAACUGAAGAGUGUCCAUCAAUAACAGCUGAUGCAGCAAUGGACUCUGACGAAGAUGCUGAAUUUCUUCCAGUUGAUAAAACAAUAGGAAAUUCUCACCAUGGUAGCAUAAGACAAGGUCAUGAUCCACAACCUACUCCUAUGAUGGAUCCACAUCCACAUCCCCCUCAUCCUGAUGUUUGUAUGGUUGAUCCUGAGAUGUUGGUGAGCGAGCUGAACAUAAGCAAAGGAGAUAAGGUUCUCAAAAAAGAUAUCAAGGAAAAGAGCAAGGGCUUAAGAAAAUCUUUAACUAAACCCAAAUCAACUUCCCCUGCUAGGAAACUAGAUUCUAAAGAUAAGCGUUCCCCAUUACUUUCUAAGCAGACAUCCAGAGAAACAGAAAAAUCACCAAAAGGUUUAACUAGAAAAGAAAAGGAAAUAACAGAAAAAAUAUCCAAAUCAAGAAGUCCACUACAGACACAUUCAUCUAGGGGGGAUGAAAAAGAGGAUGGUUCUAGAAACAUUCAUUCUAACAAGAUGGUUAAUGGAAUUAAAACAUCUACAGGUUCCAGUAGUACAAAAACAAGUUCUACAGUACCUCCUGGGCCCCCUGUGUAUGUAGAUCUUGCUUACAUUCCAAAUCACUGUAAUGGCAAAAAUACAGACAUGGAGUUUUUUAAGAGAGUUCGAGCUGGUUAUUAUGUUGUUAGCGGUAAUGAUCCAGCUAAUGGAGAGCCAAACCGCGCAGUACUGGAUGCACUUUUGGAAGGAAAAUCACAAUGGGGAGAGAACUUACAGGUGACAUUGAUUCCAACCCAUGAUACUGAAGUGACACGUGAAUGGUACCAACAGACUCAUGAGAAACAGCAGGAGCUCAAUAUCAUGGUCCUGGCUAGCAGUAGCACAGUAGUGAUGCAAGAUGAAUCAUUUCCAGCAUGCAAGAUUGAAUUCUAAUGUUUUUAGUCAUUUUCUAAAUGCCACAUCAGUAUGUUGUGUUAAGAUUUGUGUCCAGUCACAUCUUAGUUAUCAGCUAAUUCUGAUUUGGAGCCAUUUUGUCUGACUCUCCCAAUGUUGAUCAAUGUACAUUCAGCUGCAUUAUGGGUGUUUAAAGAAGACUGAAAGUUAUACCAUUAGAAUUAUAGUGGGCAUAUCUGAAGGGAAAUUAUUAUUUCUGCUUAUAUACUGUAUAUAUAUAUAUAUA